AAGGGUAAAGGGCAGCAUCGGUUCUCACGAUCUGCACUUAGAUUAUAUUCGACAAAAAUGGAAAAACCAGACCCUAAAACCGUUCCACAACAAAUAGACUAUAAAAAAAAUAAUUAUAAUAAUUAUUUCCUUCGAAAACUUAAAGAUCAACCUUUGAUACCUUUUGGCAUGACUUUGACAGUUUUAGCCUUACUUGGAGCAACAGUAGGAUAUCAAAGAGGCGACUCGAAAACUAUGCAGAGAUUUUUAAGAUUUCGUGUAUUUGCGCAAGGAUUUACUGUAGUAGCAGCCGUUGGUGUACCGGCUUAUUACCAAUUAACUCGUAAAAAAAUUUAG